AUGUGUGGUAUGAAGAAUGCCGUUCCCAUUUAUUGGGCAAUUGUAUAAAUAAGUGGAAUAUUAACCUAUAAAUUCCUCACAAGCCAGUGAAGAAUAUGUAGUACUGUAAUUUUAUUCUGUAGUAGUGUGUGAGAAUCAUACUUUCGAUUGCUAGUCAUACCAUGGUGGCAAUGAGUGAUGUAGUACUUAAUUUUACUAUGAUACUAACCUCUUCAACUGGAGUCCCAACAUCUCUUUCGCCUCUACAAUCCACAGAUGAUGUGAAUGCUACAAACAUGCCUUCUGUACCUACUGUCAGUGUAGAUGAAUCACAAGGAAUGCAAUACAUAAUCAUUCCUUUGGGUAUCUUCAUUCUCCUCUGCUUGCUAGCAGUUAUGGUAUACUUCAUCAUACGAAAGAAGCGCUUAGAUCGUCUACGCCACCACCUGAUGCCACUGUAUAAUUUUGACCCAACAGAGGAUGGGGAAGACUGGGAAGUAGAAUUGCUGGAAGAAGGCAUGGAUCACCGCAACAUGCAUCGGGAUUACAAAUCAAUGGAUUUCCCAACAACUGAAAACACAGACCUGUUUAGAAGAUAAAUGCUAAUCUUAAUUAAUUAGUACAGACACAAUUAAACAGAUUUUGAUUGAUAUUUUUCAAAGAGAAAUGUCACCCUUGAACAGAAGUUUAAAGCACUGUGAAAUUUAAAGAGUAAGGGAACCCCCAACCUCUGUUGCACCUACUUCUGGUACAGAAUAUGGAUACAGCAGCACUAAGGACAUUAGUUAUACUGUAAAUAAUUUUAUGUUUCUUUACUGAACUUUAUAAUGAAGUGUUUUAUUGACUUUUUUAAUAACAUGCUUAGUAUGUUUGAAGGAAUGUAACUUUUAUUUAAAAUUCCAAGAACAUAAUAAUGACUAAAGAUGUAUUGUAUCAUGUGUUUCUUUGUAAUGUAUUCAAAAUUAAUGUUCUUUUUCAUGUUUUAAAAAACAUUUAAGACAAGAGACUGUUAGUUAUUAAUUCCUACACUGUUAUAAGUAUUAUACUAAUAAUUAUUGCACACUCAACCUUCAUCUUGCAGCAUUUAAAUCUUACUUAUGGAGAAAUUUCCCACAUGGCAGUAGAGUGUUAAGAAUUUUUUACUGAAUGUAUAACUAAUGAAUUUAUGCAUAGAUGAAGAGGUACAGGUCUAAAUCUAAUCAUUCAUCCUUUUAAGAACACUUACAGUGAAAUUUUUUGUUUUCUCUUCAAAUUCUCAGAAUGGUAGAUAAAAAUGAUAUCAGUUCUUAAAAUUAAUAAAUCAGAUGAUGUUCAUUAUUGUUGAACAUAGCAAUGUGCUGUUUCCUAGUUUUAAUAUAUUUUUAAAUGUUAUUCAGUUAUCAGUAAUUGUUGUGCAAAGAAGAGUAGGAGUAUCAGAAUGGAAAGCUGUUCAGGGUGAAACCUGCACUUAUAGUUUGAAAUUAAUGUCAAGUCUGUUCAUCCUGUGAUGACUAUUUGAACCCAAAAGAAAAGAUAGUAUUAGGCCGGGCGCAAAUGGAGCCACUAGCCACAGCCACUUGUGGCCGCCACAAGCUGCGGUCUGUAUUUUGUACGGAGUUUUAAUAGACUCAGCGCAGACACGGCGUUCGUAGUGGCCCGACCGGGCCACUCGCUGCGGUAGUGGCCGUGUCUCGCUACUUGUGGCUGCCUCCGACCACUGUUUAUUCCGCUAGUGGUCGUGUUUAGCCACAAGUGGCGGCCACUAGUGGUCGUGUUUAGCCACUAGUGGCUCCGUUUGCGCCCGGCCUUAAUCAAUGGAAGUGUUAUAUUGGAAGAGUUAAAGAUACACAUAAAAUAAUAAACAACACUUAACCUCUGUCAAAUGGGACAAAAUUUUCUCAUGUGGCAGAUGUAAAUGACAUAUAUAUAUAAAAUGAGAAAUACCAUGAGUCUAUUAUUCUGUUAUACAGGCUAAUAUCAUCUCACCCCUUUAAUAAAACAUGACAUUUCUGCUUCUUUUCAAUCCUAAAAGGAUCUAGUCAAUUGUAACAGUAUAGCAUGUGCCAUGGUCAUGGUAUGUAAGAUUUUAUACAACAAAGUUGACCACAGUCUGAGCACGUUAAUCUGUGUAUAUUAAUCAGUAUCUGUUUUCUUACUAAGUAACUAAAUAGUUUUAUAGUAGAUUUAUAAAUUAUGAUUGCUUCCUACAUUUCUCCAUGUCAAGUGUUUCCACUAUUUUUUCAUAAAAGAACCUGAUCCCCCCCAAAGUAUUGUAUAACUAAGGUGCAAACAUACCUGAAGAACUUAUUUAUAAAUAUUUUCUCUUAAAAGAGAAGUGUAAAUAAUGUGUUUUAUUAAGAGUAAAAAACAUUAUAAAGAAAUAGUGUGUUAUAAAAUAUAUUAACCAUAUAUUAUAUGUAGAGAAACUAGUUACUUAA